AUGUGUGAGUGUCCCUUCCCUGUGUCCACACAGACGCCCCGUCCACCGCCGCCGACGCGGACGCCCCCUCCGAGACAACCCCCACCUCAGGCCAAGAGCCCCCGCCACCAGGGUGACUGGUUCCCAUUGUACCCGACAAGGGACCCCGGGGGGGGGGGGGCACCCUGCCCGCUGACACUGGCUCCCUCGCCCGCAGACCGGACCCUGCGCCUGGCGGGCGGGCACGACCCCUGCGAGGGCCGCGUGGAGGUCUGGCACCGGGGCGCGUGGGGCACCGUGUGCGAUGACGGCUGGAGCCUCCGCAACGCCCGCGUCGUGUGCCGCCUCCUGGGCUGCGGCCGCGCGCUCAGCGCCCCGGGGCGCGCCCGCUUCGGCCCCGGCGCCGGGCCCAUCCUGCUGGACCGGGUGCGCUGCGCGGGCGCCGAGGACGCGCUGGGGAGCUGCGCGCAUGCCGGCUGGACCCGGCACCACUGCCGGCACCUCGAGGACGCAGGCGUGGUCUGCUCAGCGCCCGAACCUCAGGACUCGCCGCCCAGGGACUAG